AUGGCGGACGGCAACAAUGACAAUGAAAAACCAUCCAAUUCUGAGCUUAUGGCCAGUGCCAAGGUGAUAUCCGAGGCAGUGACUGGCAAAGAGACCGACACAGGGAAGAUAGCUGGGGCCGCUGCAGACAUCCUUGAUGCGGCAUCUAGUUAUGGCAUGGUGGAUGAGAAACAAGGCGUGGGGAAAUAUAUGGACCAAGCCGAGAAUUAUCUUCAUAAAUAUGAGACCUCUCACACUACCACAACCACCACAACCGACGAUUCUGGCAACAAGACCACCGAAACCACCACAACCACACACGCUGCCGUUCCAAAGGAUGAUGAUGAAAAAUGA